AUGCAAAGUUUAUUACAGUCAUGGGUCAAAACAGCUACCAGCGCUCUUAGAGUGGUAUGUUUUGUGCAUAUAGUGCAUACGUACGUCUAUGAAUUCACGGAAACCAGAGGAGAAUCGAUGCUGCCAACUCUAGCUGCAAGAAAUGAUUAUGUGCAUGCUUUGAAGACAUAUAGGGAUGGCAGAGGCUGCAAAAUAGGGGAUUGUAUUGUGGCGGCGAAACCGAAUGAUCCGAAUCAUCGUGUUUGUAAAAGAAUCACUGGAAUGCCAGGGGACAUCAUACUUGUCGAUCCCAGUGUGGGAACGAAUGUUUUCAAUUCAUCAAGUGCCAUGAAUACAGAAGCAACUUCUGAUGGUGAUAAUGAUGGUUACUCGGAGGCAGAUGAAGCUUUCAAUUCUUUCAUAAAAGUUCCUCAGGGUCACGUUUGGGUCACCGGUGAUAAUCUUUCACAUUCCUUGGACUCUAGAACUUACAACUCGUUGCCCAUGGGGCUUAUAAAAGGUAAAAUCGUUGCAGCAAAUGACUUCAAUGAGCCGUUCUUAGGUGGUUCAAAGGGAGACUUCUGGGGUUUCAGAAAGAUUCAAAAUACCUAUGUCAACGAACAAUGA